CUUCGAAAGUCAUGCAAAGCACAAAAAGUUCAUAAAGAUGGUUGCACUAAGAGGUACCUUUGUGGGUUUUUUGGUCCUUCUAUGCUCAAGCUUAAGCAGGGCUAGGGUACUUGAGGAUACCAAUAGUUACAAAAUACUUGAAGACCAUCCUUCUAGUAAAACAUUUGGAAGAGAACAUCGUGCUUGGGGGGUUGGUACCGGCGUUGGCUUUGGUAGUGGUAGUGGCUCUGGUGGUCAGGGAUUAGGAACUGGCUUUGGCAGUGGUAGUGGCAGCUUUGGUCAGGGAGUAGGAAUUGGCUAUGGCUAUGGUGGUCAAGGGUUUGGAGCUGGCCAUGGCUUUGGUAGUGGCAGUGGUUCUAGUGGCCAAGGAAUAGGAACUGGCUAUGGUUCUGGUGGUGGCAGCGGUUCUGGUGGUCAGGGAAAAGGAACUGGCUAUGGCUCUGGUGGUCAGGGGUUUGGAACUGGCAUUGGCUUUGGUGGCGGUAGCGAUUUUGGUGGUCAAGGAGUAGGAACUGCCUAUGGCUAUGGCAAUGGUGGUGGCUCUGGCGGUCAGGGAUUAGGAACUGGUAUUGGCUUUGGUAGUGGUAGUGGUAGCUUUGGUCAGGGAGUAGGAACUGGCUAUGGCUCUGGUGGUCAGGGGUUUGGAGUUGGCUAUGGCUCUAGUAGUGGUAGUGGUUCUAGUGGCCAAGGAAUAGGAACUGGCUAUGGUUCUGGUGGUGGUAGCGAUUCUAGUGGUCAAGGAAUAGGAACUGGCUAUGGCUCUAGUGGUCAGGGUUUUGGAACUGGCGUUGGCUUUGGUAGCGGUAGCGGUUUUGGUGGUCAAGGAGUAGGAACUGCCUAUGGCUAUGGCAAUGGUGGUGGCUUUGGUGGUCAAGGGGGAGGAGUUGGUGUUGGCUUCCGUAGUGGUUUUGGUGGUCAAGGAGUAGGAAUUGGCUAUGGUUCUGGUGGACAAGGGAUAAGAGCUGGUUGGGAGACAGACAUUAGGUCUGGUUUUGACCUUGGUUUUGGCUCAGGAAGUGGCAUUGAAGCUGGAUUUGGGUCUAAAGGAGCUAGUCAAUUUGGACCAGGAUUUGAUGCUAGAGGGGGUUAUGGCGCAGAAGGUGGAGUUGGUUUUGGUUCAGGCAUUGGGGUUGGAUUUAGGCAUAAACUUAAUAGUAACAUGAAAAAUCAAGGUUGUGGAGCUUGUCCUCCUGACUUGGGUACUCCACCUGAUUGCGGUGGCUUUCACCCUCCGACAUCUGGAUGCGGUGGCUUUCAACCUCCUGCAUCUGGAUGUGGCGGCUGUCAAACCCCUAUUUUUGGACCAGGUUGUCAAUCUUCUCCAUGUCAGUGCAACAAUCCUCCAGGUAUAGGGAUGCCGCAAGGGCAUGAAAGUUCUUCUACACAAGAAGCCCAUGUGCCUGAAAAGAGUAAGGAAGAUGCUGACCCUAUCCCACCAAGCUCGUCACCUGAGCAAGACAAUGAAGCCCAUCACUAAUCCGCAACUAACGGGCCUGAACAAGAAUUUCAGGACCACGACAAAUCUCAACUUGUAAUUCAGAUAAUACUUGGAAUAAAAGCUUACGAUUUGCUUCCUGAAAA